ACUCAGCUUGCUACGAUCUCGCCUCCACAGUAUCACCACAGCCUCUUCUCUGUAUAAUCCCCAGACUCGCAAACAUGCAGCUCUCCGCAUUCCUCGCUGCUCUCGCAGCCUUCCUGCCCAUCGUCUAUGGUGCUCCUACCGCCACCGCUAACAGCCUUCACCCCGACAUUCUGGCUGCCAUGAAGCGCGACCUUGGACUCGAUGCCGAGCAGGCUCACGCCCGUGUCGCCCGCGAGCUCCAGGCUACUGAAGUCAUUGAGCAGCUGAAGACCACAGCCGGCUCCGCUUUCGGCGGCGCUUGGCUCGUUGAUGGCGCCCUUAAGGUUGCUGUCACUGACGAUGCCUUGACCUCCGAGGUCACAUCUGCCGGUGCUGAGGCACUUGUCGUCGACACUCCCCUCUCCAAGCUCCAGGAUGCUCAGAACGCGCUCGACAACCUCGACUUCGCGUCCCUUGGCAAGCGCGAGGAGGCCGCCAGUGGAAUCGCAUCUUACUACGUCGAUGUCGCUGCCAACAAGCUCGUUUUGGAGGCACUUGCCGAGAGUACCGCUCAGGCUGAGGAGCUGGCCAAGAAGGUCGGCCUCGUUGAGGGCGAGUUCGAGGUCAAGACUGUUGAUGCUCUGCCUACAACCUUCGCCACAAUUCGCGGCGGCGAUGCCUACCUCAUCAACAACAGCGCCCGAUGCUCUGUCGGAUUCUCUGUCACCACUGGCUUUGUCUCUGCUGGCCACUGUGGUACUGCUGGCAACGCUGCCACGACCACGGGCGGUGUGGCAAUCGGAACCUUUUCUGGCUCAUCCUUCCCAGGCAAUGACUACGCCUUCAUCCGUGGUACUAGUGCAAACACAUACCAGGGUCGCAUCAACAACUACGCCGGCAGCACACUCCCCGUCUCGGGUAGCACCGCCUCCGCUGUUGGAGCCAGUGUCUGCCGCUCCGGCUCUACGACCGGUGUGUUCUGCGGCACUGUCCGUGCUCUGGGCGCGUCAGUCACCUACUCCCAGGGACGUGUCACUGGUCUUACCCAGACCAACGUCUGCGCCGAGCCUGGUGACUCCGGCGGUUCUUUCUACACUGGCGCUCAGGCUCAGGGUGUCACCUCCGGUGGCUCCGGCAACUGCGCCAGCGGCGGUGUCACAUACUUCCAGCCCGUCAACCCGAUUCUGUCCGCCUACGGCCUCACUCUUGUCCGUGGUUAAAGUCUUACGUGUUUUGACUGAUGGUAUUGCGCUUGGAAGCGUUCUUGCGAGCUCGAAGUUUUAAGUUGUAUAUAGUUGAAUUGAAUUGCACGCACUAAGACUCCCUGUGCGCUCCAAUGCAUUUCUAGUGAUACUACAAGCUCGGCCAUAUACUUUCCGAC